CAGAAAAGAGAGAAGACAGUCCCAUCUCUUUAUCCCCGGUCCCUGGAUUUUACCCCUCUCCAUUUCUGGAAUAGAUUUGGACUCAAAGGGUUUUCAUGCAGGGACAGACAACGGGACUAAUAACAGGAAAAUGGUCCCAGUUAAACUCCUCAUUCUGGGAGCUCAGAACACUGGAAAAACAGCACUGUGUGUUCGUUUCAUAACCAAACGCUUCAUCGGCGAAUACGACCAUAAAAAGGAGGUGACCUACAGAUGCAGCCGGGUGGUGGACCAGGAAAGUGUUGAUCUGGAGAUUUUGGAUAUAGCUUGUAAGGAGAGCUCUGUGGCUUCUCUGGAGUCUUCCAUCCGCUGGGCAGACGGCUUCCUGCUGCUCUACUCCAUCACACAGCGUCUCAGCUUCCUGGAGGUCCCUCGACUCAAGAAACUCAUCGACCAAACCAAACAGAGCCUGGUUGUGCCUACAGUGCUGGUAGCCAAUAAGGCAGACUUGGAAAUCGGCAGGGAAGUGACAACAGAGGAAGGACAGAAACUGGCCAAGGAUUUAAGGAGCAGUUUCAAGGAGUUGUCGGUGGCUGAAGCUGUUUUAGCUGUGGAUGCAGCCGUGUUACAACUCAUCAGGCUGGUAUUGGACCAGCAGCGACCUCUUCCUGACCGCCGCUCCUACAUGCUGACCGUCCGCCACGCUCUGACCAGGAAACUGACCCGCUCUAAGACCAUGCAGUGGUGACACCAGUUAUUACAGUGGGACAUUUGUGGAAACUGAGUGUUAGUAACACUGCAGUUUUACUUCCAGGCUUAUUUUAUGACAUCAGCACUAAAAGAGUAAUUAUUGAAGCAUAAAGAUCUUUUUCAGGUCGGACAGUGACACUCGAGGCAUCUAGUUUACAGUAUUAAUGCAACACUGAUUUGUCUGUUUUCUAGCUGCAGCUUCUGGCUGUCUGGAUUCAUGGUUGUUGAGGUUUAACAAAGGAUUAUCUUGGAAAAAUGUACAAAUGAAAAAAA